GUCUGUUUGAUCUUGAUGUUCAAUAAAAUAGUGAACCUCAACUUCCACUUUCGCCAAUACUCCUUUUAUUUUGAUAGCGCUAAACGGAAGUCCCUCCUGGCGCUUUCCGCGCUCCCGCGAUGUUUUGGGAACGCUCGGUCGGUGUCCCGGCGAGCGGCGGCGCGCACCUCUCGGACUGUAGCUGCCUGUCAUCGCUCGAGCUGACAUCACACACAGGAUUUGCUACAAUGUCAAACAUCCACAAGCAGCAGCGCGAGCUCAUGGCUUCCCCGCGCCACAAUGAGAAGCAUCGCCGCGUGCUCCUGCUCAUUCUCUAAAUACCAAACUCCAGUUACCUUUUAUGGGCUUUAAUACAUGUUCGACAGGAUGCGUUUAAGCAGGUCUAUGUGAGCGUGUGAGCCAGGUCAGAGGUCAUGCUGCGGAGGGAAUCUGACUCCCACGGCCUCUUUUCCUCCGGAGAGACAUCUGACAAUGACUGUGAGAUGGAGGCGAGUUGUGGAGAGGUAGAUGUCGUGUGUCUGUGCGAGGCCGGUCCCUGUACACUUUAUUCAGAAGCACACACGCCUACGCCGGACACACUACUGUGUGAACACUGUGGAAAAAACAGAGUAAUGAUAACCAGGUACUCUGAGGGAUACGGCACAGAGGAGGACUGUGUAUUGUCUGACCCUCAGGGGGAGAGUGAUGCAGAUGCUGAUAUAGAGGAUACAGACUGCAGACUCCAGGAGCCCGGUUCUCUCCAGCGAAUCAGCUCACGGAGACGUAAGCGUCCACGUGUGGCGCGGCAAGACACCACCGAGAGCGAAGACGAUGGUGGGAGGAGUCACAGAUCCCAUCGCUGGAACCUCAGGCUAAGUCCUGACAGAGCACACAGCAGGACUAUAUUGGAGGAGAGCAUAUCGCAGGUCAGGCCACUGGUCAUCUGCCGGCCGAACGUGGAGAGGCAGAGGAAUCCAGUCGAACUGUCUCGAGGCUCCAAAUGUCUGAUGUCUCUGUGGCCGUCGUCUCUCUCUCUCCCUCUGAUCCUCCUCCUCUUGCUCCCUCUCUCGCUCUCCCUCGUCAUUGUUAUCAUGUCCUUCCUCCUACCGUGGGCCAGCGCUUGACCCAUCGUUUCUGUUUUUAAGUGAAGAGUUUCAUUCCAAAAAUUAGACAAAGUCCCACCCGCUCUUAUAACGUAGAGGAUUGCACAAAUGGAAACAAAUUAUGGUGCUUUAUAAAGGACAGUAGACUCACUUAAAGAUGUUCUAAUAGAUUUGACCUUCCAUAUUUUAGAGAUUCUGGGCCUCAUGCAAGAACAUUUUUGUAUACUUAAUCUUGCUUAUCCUUAAUCUUGCUUACUUUUUUCUUUUUUGCUCAUAGAAGUGUUCCAAGUGGUUUGUGAGAUUUCAUCAUCGUUAUAAACGCUCUGAAAAUUGCCAUAUAAGGCAAACCUUUUCUGCUCUUUUUAUGUGCAAGUUUCAUUUACAAAAAUGUUACCAAAGAGUAAAAAGGAGGGGGAAUUUCACACCGUGGAGCUUCAUGACAAAUUCAGUAGUUUCAACAGUGAUAUUAGAGGACCUGGAACAAUAAGAGAACACAAUACAGCUGUCAACUGUAAAAAAAAAAAAAAAAAGAAAAGUGUUCCAUGACUUAGAUUUGAGGCAGUCAAGGGGGAUGUGAGAGUCACAAAAAUUUUAGAUAUUUAAACUCCAAAUUCAGAACUUCAGUUCUUAACUAAUUCACUUAAGAAUGAAUCUGUUCAUACGAGUGGUUCUUGGAUGAGGCCCGUUGGAGUCUGAGAUUUUUUUUUCCUCCUAGAAUAUACUGAAUCACAUUUUGGAAGGAUUUUAAAGAUCUUAAUCUUUGGCGACAGUUUGCCUUUUGGCUCCAUGAACAUUAGAAAAACACAGGUUUAAAUAUUAAAGUCUUGCAUAGAGCAUCUGUUAAAGCCACUCUGUAUACGUUCAUCCAUUCAUCAACUAUACUGUAUCUCACCCUCUCUCCGUGUCACUCUCUCGCCUCCUUGUUUGUAAAAAUAGACCUCUCGUCUCGCUCCUUACACUAAUGAGCCACAGGGGCGAUGUGUGGGGAAAAGGUUUCAGGGCUGUGCAGGUAAACUCAAACAGGAAAAUAACAGGCUCAAGGAAAAUAUUGAAACGACGAUGCCGCUGAACUAUGCAAUUCCUCUGUUCCUACCGUGGCAUCUUAACCGCUGUUAAGGAACGUCUCGUAUGUCCUUUUCGUCUCGUCCACCUUCUUGGCCCCUUCCCUUUUCUCUCUGAGGAAUAUACUUUAUGAAUGCAGGGACUUAAGGUUCUAAAAUAGAGCAUGACCCAGUUUGAAAAGCAAUAGCAGGAGAGAUCGGAUAUAGCUCCCAUCGUGUAUGAUGUACAGUACAUCUGUUGGUUUAAUGACUGGAUUACAUGUAUUAUUUUAGACAGAUUUAAAAACAGGUGGAUCCUGUAACUGUUUGGUCCUCUUCCUGGCUGCACUUAGCGUGUGUUUCUAGUAAAAUAAGCUGACCUCAAAUAAAAUGAGCUUUAUUGUAACUUAAUUAUGUUAAAGCAAUUUAAACACUAUUUCAGUCUUAAAGAUGACACGUGUUAUUAUCAUGUUUAAGAAUUUUUAUGUCUAUGUUUGUGAGGUAUUAUUUAACAAAAGUGAGCUUGACAAUCAGUCAUGCUACUUAUUCCGAGCUGAAAUAACUGGAAAAAGCCAUUUUGCCGUGGCUUCUCUGUACUGUAUGUUUAAUGUUAUGUUGUUUUUGUAUGCUUUUAAAGUUAUGAUUUCUUUUUUUUUGUUUCUUUGUUUUCACACCACAUUGAAAUUGCUUGCAUCCUUGUAGAGAAAUGUUGAUUCUAAAUUAAGAUCAGGGUGUACUUUAUUAGAUAUUUUAAUUCAUGUUUAGGACCUUUUUCCUCUUCCAGCCUGUUUUGCCACCUUGAAUUUUAUUUGUGUGUAUGUUCACCUCUGUGUUUCAUGGGGCCAUAGCAGUUCAAUAAAACUAGAUUGUAUUUUGACUAAAAGUUUCCUUUAUGCUAUGUGAUGGAUGGUUUGUAUGUGUGGUAUAAAGGACAUUUAAAAUGAAA